CCGUCGAUAUUCAAUAGAUACAUACAGAAUUUUAUAUACACACGCACACUCACAACACGAACUUUGAGAUUGAGGAGUGAUUUCAAUAAUCUGGACACUGAUUUUUUAUUUAUUUUUAAAUUUCUGUGCCACUUCCAUUCAGUACUCGAGAACGAGUAAAUCGGAGAACUCAAUUUUUUUGUUCGAAGAUUAUUUUCGUCGAUUUUCUGUGGGGGAAAACAAAAGUUGCAUCCGGAAGAGAUUUGAACAAAGAAUUGUUAUAUUUAGGCAAAGUAUUCCAAGUUUUUGAUUUCCGGCGGUGAUCCUGUGUUGUUAUCCGCUGUUAUUCAGUAAAAAAAAAAAAAAAACAAGUUAGAUUGGGUAUUUGCUGCGGUGUUCUUUUGCAGUGGAUUUUCCGCAGCUGGCCAAACAGAGGGAUAUGUAAAUUUAUAGGUUCAUUUGCGAUGGAACAGUCUUUUUGCUGAUAUUCUGAGAGGCUUGUAUGAUCUUUAAAUGAUGUGGAGGGGGGUUUUGGUUUCGUUACUAUUUCUUGCCACUUUCGGAGAAUCAACGGACCGGUUGUCAAGAUUAUGGUCUGUUAAUUCAAAUGCUGGGACUUCAUCACUGUACAGCUGGGCAGUUACCAGCGCGGCGGUAUUCGUAAUGGUGGCUCUUGUUCUAUCUAUGUACCUUAUCUUUGAGCAUUUAGCUUCAUAUAAUCAGCCAGAGGAGCAGAAAUUCUUGGUUGGACUCAUUCUAAUGGUUCCUGUUUAUGCAGUGGAAUCGUUCUUAUCGUUAUUAAAUUCUGAUGCUGCCUUCAAGUCUGAAAUUAUACGAGAUUGCUAUGAAGCUUUUGCAUUGUAUUGCUUCGAGAGAUAUCUCAUAGCCUGCUUAGGUGGAGAAGAAAGUACCAUUGAGUUUAUGGAAAAUCAGAGCUUGGCUACUGCUAGCAUACCUCUUUUAGAUGAAGCUUAUGCUUAUGGAGUUGUUGAACAUCCUUUUCCAUUGAAUUGCUUUUUAAGGGAUUGGAGUCUUGGCUCUGACUUCUACCAAGCCGUGAAAAUCGGCAUUGUUCAAUAUAUGAUAUUGAAGAUGAUAUGUGCAUUACUGGCGAUGCUAUUUGAAUCUUUAGGUGUUUACGGGGAGGGGAAGUUUGAAUGGGGAUAUGCUUAUCCAUAUUUAGCAGUUGUUCUGAAUUUCAGCCAGACUUGGGCCUUGUAUUGCCUUGUUCAGUUUUAUUCCGUUAUCAAGAACAAGUUGGCUCCAAUUAAACCUUUGGCCAAGUUUUUGACAUUCAAGUCAAUUGUAUUCCUCACAUGGUGGCAAGGUGUUGCUGUGGCCUUUCUUUUUUCUUUUGGAGCCUUGCAGGGUUCGUUGGCACUGGUGUUGAAAACACGCAUACAAGACUAUAUCAUCUGUAUUGAGAUGGGUAUUGCUGCUGUGGUACACCUUUACGUAUUCCCAGCUAUACCUUACAAACGUGGAGAAAGAUGUGUAAGAAAUGUUGCUGUGAUGACAGACUAUGCAUCUUUAGGAACCCCACCAGACGCUGAAGAGGUUAAAGACUCUGAAAGAACUACCAGAGUUCGAUUUUCUCGACACGAAGAUCGACUGCAAAGUCCAAAACUUCACCAGAGUGUUCGCGAUGUUGUAAUUGGAAGUGGUGGAAUUAUUGUUGAUGACAUGAAGUUCACAGUUUCGCACGUCGUGGAACCAGUUGAAAGAGGAUUUGCGAAAAUCAAUAGAACUUUCCAUCAGAUAUCUGAGAAUGUGAAACGGUACGAGGAGAGUAAGAAGAACACGAAAGAUGAUAGCUAUCUCGUACCCUUGGAGUCGAGGACAAAGGAAUUUGCUGAUGUGGAUGACAACCUAAUUGAAGGUAGUGUGAGUGACAGUGGUCUGUCUGAUGUAAAGAGACCUUAUUACAACAAAUCGAAAGGAUCUUCUUCCCGUAUGAAGUACAGAUAACACUUCCUUAAUCUGCGUGGAGGAACACAAAUGACUCUCUCUUACUGCACGAGGACUUUGUGCGUUUUUUACUCUUUGUUUUUAAUUUUACAGAGCAUUUAUCGCCCUCUAUAUUUGUAGUACAAUCUGUCUUUUAGAUUAGGCGUAUAAGUAUACGGGAAGAUGUGUACUGCAUCUCAGAGCAAAUAUAAGAUUUCUAACAAUGAUCGAGGCAUUGUUUUUUAGGGCCUAAAGGAACAUUCCGGUAAUCUAACAGCUGAAGAUCCGAGGAAGAAUUUUUUAUUUUUUUUGAUGAAUCCAAGUAAGAAUAUAGAUAGUGCAGAAUUUGACCGACU